AGGAGAGGAGGGGCUGGAGGGGGCGCGGCUUGCUCCCCGUCCCUCCCGGGCGCCGGGCCUCCCUCUCCGCCGGGCCCAGGGCUGGCGGCCGGCGGGGGUCGCGGCGGCGGCGGCGGCGGCGGCGCUGACGGGCCGCGGGCACGGGGGCCUGGCUCCGGCUCCGGGUGUUAGGAGACAAGAUGGCGGCGGCGCUGUGGAGGCUGGUCUCCUCCUCUUCUCCGCUCUCCUCCGCCCCGCCGCUCGCCGCCUCCUCGGUCUCCUCCUCCUUCUCGUUCGCUGCCUCCUCCUCCUCCUCCUGCAGCAGCCCUAGCGACCGCCGGAGCGCCGGCCCGCUCUCCCGGAGCUCCGGAGGGGGAUAGACGGGGCAGCUGCGGGCUCCGGCGACCGAGGCCGAGCUGGGGCCGGGGCGGGGACGGCGGCGGCGGCGGCGGCGGCGGCGCCGGGUGGGGAUGGGGUCGCAGACGCUGCAGAUCCUCCGGCAGGGGGUGUGGGCCGCGCUCAGCGGGGGCUGGUACUACGACCCGCACCAGGCCACCUUCGUGAACGCGCUGCACCUCUACCUGUGGCUCUUUCUGCUCGGCCUGCCCUUCACCCUCUACAUGGCUCUUCCUUCUUCAAUGAUUAUAGUAGCAGUUUAUUGUCCUGUGAUAGCUGCUGUUUUCAUUGUUCUGAAGAUGGUCAACUAUCGACUCCACAGAGCACUUGAUGCUGGAGAAGUUAUAGAUAGGAGUGCGAAUGAGUUCCCAGAUCAGCGAGCCAAAGCUGAGCAAGGCAACUGUUCAACCAGGAGAAAAGACAGUAAUGGACCGAGCGAUCCUGGUGGAGGGAUUGAAAUGUCUGAGUUCAUUCGAGAGGCCACACCCCCAGUUGGUUGCAGUUCAAGAAAUUCUUAUGCUGGCCUAGAUCCAAGUAACCAGAUUGGAUCUGGUUCCUCUCGUCUUGGAACAGCAGCAACUAUUAAAGGAGACACAGACACUGCUAAGACUUCUGAUGAUAUUAGUUUAAGUCUGGGCCAGAGCUCUAGUCUUUGUAAGGAAGGAAGUGAAGAACAAGAUUUGGCAACUGAUCGGAAGCUCUUCCGUCUGGUCUCCAAUGAUUCCUUCAUCUCCAUUCAGCCUUCCUUAUCCUCCUGUGGACAGGACUUGCCAAGGGACUUUAGUGACAAAGUGAGCUUGCCGAGUCAUGGCCACCACCACCACAUCGAUCAGUCUCUGUCCAACACCUGUGACACAGAAGUGGCUUCUCUCGUCCCUUUACAUUCACACUCUUACAGGAAAGAUCACCGGCCACGAGGGGUACCACGGACUUCUAGCUCUGCUGUGGCUUUUCCAGACACUUCACUGAAUGACUUCCCUCUCUAUCAGCAAAGACGGGGGUUAGAUCCGGUUAGCGAGUUAGAAUCUUCCAAGCCUCAUUCUGGAUCCAAAGAAUCCUUGGUGGAAAAUUCUUGUUUAUCUGGGGAAUUUCAGCUCGUUGGUGAGCUGAAAAACAGUAAUUCUCAGCCACCUACAAAAAGUGGGAGGAGCAAACCUUUGAAAGCAGACAAAAGCGUGGACAGCCUGAGGAGCCUGAGCACGCGGAGCAGUGGGUCGACAGAGAGCUACUGCAGUGGAACGGAUCGUGACACCAACAGUACCGUCAGCAGCUACAAAAGUGAGCAGACCAGCUCGACUCAUAUAGAGAGCAUCUUGUCGGAGCAUGAGGAGUCCCCUCAAGUAGGAAAGAAAAGCGGUAGGAAGAAAGAGGAGUGCUGUGCUGACCCAGAGGACCAGAGUAGCUGUACCAGUGACAAAAGGACUAACAGUGAGAAGACUGCCUUGGAAGUGAGUACAAACAGUGGGGUUCAAGAGGCCAAGGAUCCCAGUACCUCUGAUGAUAUGCACAAUCAGAAAGGUCUCAGCACCUCUGCAUCUGAAGAAGCCAACAAGAAUCCCCACGCAAACGAAUUUACUUCCCAGGGGGACAGACCGCUUGGGAAAACCGCUGACCCCAAAGACGAGCAGAGUGAAAAGUCAGCUGUCUCAGCGGACUCAAAAGUUGGUAAAGACGGUGGUGGAAAGCAAAAGGAAGGGGAUGUACGACCUAAAUCCUCUAGCUUGAUCCACCGGACAGCCUCUGCCCAUAAGUCAGGCCGGAGACGGACAGGAAAAAAACGGGCCAGCAGUUUUGAUUCAAGUCGGCAUAGGGACUAUGUGUCCUUCCGAGGUGUUGCUGGCACAAAGCCACAUAGUGCUAUAUUCUGUCACGACGAGGACUCUAGCGACCAAAGUGACUUGAGCAGAGCAUCAAGUGUGCAGUCUGCUCACCAGGUCAGCAGCGAUAGCUCUUCCAGCACCACUUCUCAUUCAUGUCAGUCUCCGGAGGGCAGAUGCAGUGCUCUAAAGACCAAACACGUCCCGAAAGAAAGGGGCACUGACUCCGAGCACACACACAAAGCCCAUCUGGGUCCCGAAGGAACUUGCAAAAAGCGGACGACACGUCGGACUUCCAGCACAAAUAGUGCCAAGACGCGGGCCCGAGUGUUGAGCCUGGACAGUGGCACAGUAGCGUGUUUGAAUGACUCCAAUAGGCUGAUGGCACCCGAAAGUAUAAAACCCUUAACCACUUCAAAAUCUGAUCUCGAGGCCAAAGAGGGAGAGGUGCUAGAUGAGCUAUCUUUAUUGGGCCGGGCUUCCCAGUUAGAGACGGUCACUCGGUCUAGGAAUAGCUUGCCAAGCCAGGUUGCGUUUCCUGAAGGCGAAGAGCAAGAUGCGGGCAGUGGAGCAGCACAGGCCAGCGAGGAGGCAGUGUCAUUUCGCCGUGAACGCAGCACAUUUAGGCGCCAGGCAGUACGGCGCCGGCACAAUGCAGGGAGUAACCCUACCCCUCCUACAUUGCUCAUCGGAUCACCCCUCAGCCUUCAAGAUGGUCAGCAAGGCCAGCAGUCCACAGCCCAGGUCAAAGUCCAGUCCCGCCCCCCUUCCCAGGCUGCAGUGCUCAGUGCUAGUGCCUCCUUGCUGGUGAGAAAUGGGAGUGUCCACUUAGAAGCAUCACAUGACAAUGCAUCUGCUGUAGGCGGCAGCAGUUUGCACGAUGAACUUGGUAAGUUCUCUUCUACGCUUUAUGAGACUGGUGGCUGUGAUAUGUCACUUGUGAAUUUUGAACCGGCAGCAAGAAGAGCAUCUAAUAUCUGUGACACGGAUUCUCAUGUAUCCAGUUCUACCUCAGUUCGAUUUUAUCCACAUGAUGUGCUCUCUCUUCCACAGAUUCGGUUGAACAGACUAUUGACGAUCGAUACAGAUUUGUUGGAGCAGCAAGACAUUGACCUCAGCCCUGACUUGGCAGCGACUUAUGGUCCAACCGAAGAAGCUGCUCAAAAGGUUAAACACUAUUACCGCUUUUGGAUCUUACCCCAGCUGUGGAUCGGCAUUAACUUUGACAGACUCACACUUUUGGCCCUGUUUGAUAGAAAUCGUGAGAUUCUGGAAAAUGUGUUAGCUGUCAUCCUGGCUAUUCUUGUGGCUUUUUUGGGAUCUGUUCUUCUCAUACAAGGCUUCUUCAGAGAUAUCUGGGUCUUCCAGUUCUGCCUAGUGAUAGCCAGCUGUCAGUACUCGCUACUUAAGAGUGUUCAACCAGAUUCUUCUUCUCCCAGACAUGGCCAUAAUCGUAUCAUUGCCUACAGUAGACCAGUUUAUUUCUGUUUGUGUUGUGGUCUUAUUUGGCUCUUGGAUUAUGGUAGCAGAAACCUUACUACAACCAAGUUCAAAUUAUAUGGAAUAACUUUCACUAAUCCACUGGUGCUGAUAUCAGCCAGGGAUUUAGUUAUAGUGUUUACACUCUGUUUCCCAAUAGUGUUUUUCAUUGGUCUCCUGCCUCAGGUGAAUACAUUUGUUAUGUACCUUUGUGAACAAUUGGAUAUUCAUAUCUUUGGUGGUAAUGCCACUACAAGCUUGCUUGCAGCCCUUUACAGUUUUAUCUGUAGCAUUGUGGCGGUAGCCUUACUGUAUGGAUUGUGUUAUGGGGCUUUAAAGGAUUCUUGGGAUGGCCAGCAUAUUCCAGUACUUUUCUCCAUUUUUUGUGGUUUAUUAGUGGCAAUAUCCUAUCAUCUCAGUCGACAAAGCAGUGAUCCCUCUGUACUUUUCUCUUUGGUGCAAUCUAAGAUUUUUCCAAAAACAGAAGAGAAAAAUCCAGAAGAUCCUCUGUCUGAAGUAAAAGAUCCACUGCCUGAAAAACUUAGAAAUUCUGUUAGUGAGCGUUUACAAUCUGACCUAGUAGUAUGCAUUGUAAUUGGUGUGCUGUAUUUUGCUAUUCAUGUAAGCACGGUGUUCACAGUGUUGCAGCCUGCUCUCAAGUAUGUGUUAUAUGCAUUGGUCGGCUUUGUAGGUUUUGUAACCCAUUAUGUGCUGCCUCAAGUUAGAAAACAGCUACCAUGGCACUGUUUUUCUCACCCUCUGCUGAAGACAGUGGAGUAUAAUCAAUACGAAGUUCGGAAUGCAGCCACUAUGAUGUGGUUUGAGAAACUUCAUGUGUGGCUUCUUUUUGUGGAGAAGAAUAUCAUCUACCCAUUGAUUGUUCUUAAUGAACUUAGUAGCAGUGCAGAGACCAUUGCUAGUCCAAAAAAACUGGAUACAGAAUUAGGUGCUUUAAUGAUCACCAUUGCUGGUCUGAAGUUGCUACGAUCCUCUUUCAGCAGCCCUACAUAUCAGUAUGUCACAGUCCUCUUCACUGUGCUCUUUUUCAAAAUCGACUAUGAAGCGUUUUCAGAGACCAUGUUGUUGGAUCUCUUCUUCAUGUCUAUACUCUUCAACAAGCUUUGGGAACUCCUUUAUAAACUGCAGUUUGUGUACACUUACAUUGCCCCAUGGCAAAUUACAUGGGGUUCUGCUUUCCAUGCUUUUGCUCAGCCCUUUGCAGUACCCCAUUCAGCCAUGUUGUUUGUUCAGGCUGCUGUAUCGGCCUUUUUUUCUACUCCACUAAAUCCCUUUCUAGGAAGUGCAAUAUUCAUCACUUCGUAUGUUCGACCUGUCAAAUUCUGGGAGAGAGACUAUAACACAAAACGAGUGGAUCAUUCGAAUACCAGAUUGGCUUCCCAGCUUGAUAGAAAUCCAGGAUCAGAUGACAACAAUCUGAAUUCCAUCUUUUAUGAACAUUUAACCAGAUCCCUACAACACAGUCUCUGUGGUGAUUUGCUCCUAGGACGGUGGGGAAACUACAGUACGGGGGACUGUUUCAUUCUUGCCUCUGACUACCUCAAUGCAUUAGUACACCUUAUAGAGAUAGGCAACGGGCUAGUCACUUUCCAGCUGCGGGGACUUGAAUUCAGAGGUACUUACUGUCAACAACGGGAAGUAGAGGCCAUUACUGAAGGCGUUGAAGAAGAUGAAGGAUUUUGCUGUUGUGAACCUGGUCAUAUUCCUCAUGUGCUUUCAUUUAAUGCUGCAUUUAGCCAGCGCUGGCUAGCUUGGGAAGUGAUAGUCACUAAGUAUAUUCUGGAGGGGUAUAGCAUCACUGACAAUAGUGCUGCUUCUAUGCUUCAAGUCUUUGAUCUUCGGAAAGUACUCACCACUUACUAUGUCAAGGGUAUCAUUUAUUAUGUUACAACUUCUUCUAAGCUAGAGGAGUGGCUAGCUAAUGAGACAAUGCAGGAGGGACUGCGUUUGUGUGCAGAUCGAAAUUAUGUUGAUGUAGACCCAACAUUUAAUCCAAACAUUGAUGAAGACUAUGACCAUCGACUAGCUGGCAUAUCCAGGGAGAGUUUCUGUGUGAUUUACCUCAACUGGAUAGAGUAUUGCUCUUCCCGAAGAGCAAAGCCACUGGAUGUAGACAAAGAUUCAUCCCUGGUGACUCUUUGUUAUGGACUUUGUGUUCUGGGACGGAGAGCUUUGGGGACUGCAUCCCACCAUAUGUCCAGUAAUUUAGAGUCAUUCCUCUAUGGACUGCAUGCCCUAUUUAAGGGAGAUUUCCGUAUUUCUUCAAUUCGAGAUGAAUGGAUCUUUGCUGACAUGGAAUUACUAAGGAAAGUAGUAGUCCCGGGGAUCCGCAUGUCCAUUAAACUUCAUCAGGAUCAUUUCACUUCUCCAGAUGAGUAUGAUGACCCUACUGUGCUCUAUGAAGCCAUUGUGUCUCAUGAAAAGAACCUCGUAAUAGCUCAUGAAGGGGACCCUGCGUGGCGGAGCGCGGUUCUUGCCAAUUCUCCCUCCCUGCUUGCUCUGCGGCAUGUCAUGGAUGAUGGCACCAAUGAAUAUAAGAUCAUAAUGCUGAAUAGACGGUACCUGAGCUUCAGAGUCAUUAAGGUUAAUAAGGAAUGUGUCCGAGGUCUUUGGGCAGGACAACAGCAAGAGCUUGUGUUUCUACGUAACCGUAAUCCAGAGAGAGGGAGCAUCCAGAAUGCAAAACAAGCUCUGAGAAACAUGAUAAACUCAUCUUGUGAUCAACCUAUUGGCUACCCAAUCUUUGUCUCCCCCCUGACAACUUCUUACUCUGACAGCCACGAACAGCUUAAAGAAAUCCUUGGGGGACCUAUCAGCUUGGGCAAUAUCAGAAACUUCAUAGUGUCAACCUGGCACAGGUUAAGGAAAGGGUGUGGGGCUGGCUGUAACAGUGGUGGCAAUAUUGAAGAUUCUGACACUGGAGGUGGAAUUUCCUGCACUAGUAACAAUGCAACAAGUGCCAGUGACCCCCAUAGCAAUGUGUCCCAGGGAAGCACUGCAAAUCCAGGGCAAGGGUCGGGAGCAGGACCCCAUCCACCUGUCACAUCUUAUCCUCCAACACUAGGCACUAGCCACAGCUCCCACUCUGUCCAGUCAAGCCUGGUCAGACAGUCCCCUGCUCGGGCCUCAGUGGCCAGCCAGUCGUCUUACUGCUACAGCAGCCGGCACUCGUCUCUCCGGAUGUCCACCACGGGGUUCAUGCCCUGUCGGCGCUCGUCCACCAGUCAGAUAUCGCUCCGGAACUUGCCGUCCUCCAUCCAGUCCCGCCUCUCCAUGGUGAACCAGAUGGAGCCCUCCGGUCAGAGCGGCGUGGGCUGUGUGCAGCAUGGCCUCCCCUCUUCCAGCAGCUCCAGCCAGAGCAUCCCGGCCUGCAAACAUCACACUCUCGUGGGCUUUCUUGGGACAGAGGGAGGUCAGAGCAGUGCCGCCGAUGCCCAGCCGGGCAACCCCUUAAGUCCUGCCAAUAAUCCACACGCCAAAAGGGGGGAAGUGAUUUACAGAGUCCAAAUCGUGGAUCCCAGUCAAGUUCUGGAUGGGAUCAACCUAUCAAAAAGGAAAGAGCUGCAGUGGCCUGAUGAGGGCGUCCGGUUAAAAGCUGGGAGAAACAGCUGGAAAGACUGGAGUCCUCAGGAGGGCAUGGAAGGCCAUGUGAUUCACCGAUGGGUGCCUUGCAGCAGAGAUCCAGGUACUAGAUCCCACAUCGACAAGACAGUACUUCUGGUCCAGAUUGAUGAUAAAUAUGUGACUGUCAUUGAAACCGGGGUACUAGAACUUGGGGCUGAAGUGUGAGCCAUUGUUUUAUAACUACAUUUCUCUUCCCUCUCCAUUCCGAGACGUUGGAAAAAGAGAGGAGAGCGCAGAAGACGCCUGCAGGUUUUCCUCUGCUCCUGUGUGGGAGAUACUUGGAUGUAGAGUGGGCUCGGCCAAGCGCCUCUCCUUCGCCCUUCACCCUUCACCCUGACUCCUGUCACUGUCUCCAUCCCCAAAUAAAGCUGAACUAUUUUUUUAAGUUAGCUGCCGACAAAACAUUUUGCAUGAAGGAUAAAGUUCUGUUAAAUUACAUCCUUACAAAAAUUUUUUUCCUAUGCAUUGCCUAUGCUUUAAAUCAACAAACUCUUCAUUUCUAAACUACGAUCUCAUAUUUUUCUAAUUUCUUUGCCAAAAAUAAUUGCCAUGUUUUGUCAUAGAACAUGAAAUCCAUUUACCUUGAUUUUUAAAAACAGACCAGUGUAGAAACCUUCACUUUGACGUUUAGCAGUAUGAAAGUUUCAUGUACAGUGAAAGAGACUAUGAACAGACAUAGAUUUAUCUUAUUCCUUGAGCGCUAAAAACUUUAAUGAGAAAACUGCACUAAUUUUUUACAACAAUGCACUAAAGUCUGAGAUUUCUCAGAACAUUUAUUUAUAUAUAAAAAUAAAAUACCAUUAUUUAAAUUGCCUUUGGGCUUAACCCCUGCCCUGUCCUUAAACAUACAUAGCAGGAACUGUGCUGCUCAGUUUUUUGUCAGUAACCUAUACUCUAUUGCCAGUACAUUGGGUGUUUUCUCUAAAAUGAACGUUAAGGGUCAAGAGGUACAUAGCUUCAUCGUUGGAGAUAGCGGUCAGUGCGUCGGUCCUGUGAACACCACUGCCAGCUCCUGUGUCCACACAUCGGAGGCGCUCCAGCACUGGUGUGCUCCAGCUCCUCUUGGGGCAAGCUCUGCUGGGGUCAGUUCUGGGAAGAAAAUACUUUUAUUUUUCAAAGAAGAAGAUGAGCAUCCAGGAACUUAAAAAAAGGAUCGAUUGCUUUUCUAUUCAGAGUCAUUAGCUCUUGAAGUUACUCACAUGCAGUUCAGUUAAUCAAGUAAAAUUUUUUCAAACGAAAUUAUCCAGAUGGUGCAGUUCUUGUUAUGUCCCUCUUCAAUAACCUCGCCUCUUAUUUUGCUCCUCUCUUCUUUUUCUAUUACUUGAAUUUUAUUUCCUGUAAUUUAUAGUGUGUAGGUGUAAUUUGAAAUAUUUAUAACUGUGAAAUUGACUUAAUAUGUUGUCUCAUAACUUAAAUUUUAUUGGUUUUUUUUUUUUUUAAAUACGCGUGUAUUCAGGGAAAUAUAUAAUUCAGAUUUACAAUUGGGCUAGGUGGAAACUGUGGUUUAGAUUUAAUUUUCAACUUCCGGCAUUUUUUAAAUCCUUCCGAAAACUUUCCCCUUUUGUGUGAAACUCCAAAGAAUAUAUAUACAUCUCCUGAGCAUUUAGGAGCAGCCAUCUUUCCACCCCACUGCAAACGGGAAGUAGAAAGCAGGUGUGAAGUUAAUCUUCAAUGUGUAUUUUAUUUAGUCUGAUACAUCCAGAGUGUUACUCUUUCCCCAUGUGGCGCUAGCCACACUUCAGGUACUCACCGGCCACAUGUGCCUGGUGGCUCCUGUAUUGGACGGAACAGGUGUAAAGUGUCUUUUGAUGAGGUGACAGGAGAGAGAAGCUGUUUCCGCACUAACCCCUACUGUCGCUCUCACAGUAUAGCAUAACACUUCCGUAGAUGGAAUGAAAACUAACAUCCGACUACAUUUCCAUUCCACAGUGUGGUUAUUUUGCCCUUUUCUAAUUUACAGUUUUCGUAGUUAUUCAGGAUCCAGUGUACCUCGUGCUGACAUUUCCAGACUUCGCGCUUUGCCAAAUGUACUUUUUAAAAACAUUUGUCAAGUGAUUUACUGAACCUUUACACAAAGGUACCCUUUCUAAAUUGACCAACUAAAACGUAUUUUCCUGAUACUGUUGUUACAUUCUGUAUUUGCCGCAUUUUGGCAAAUCUACAGUAUGUCAUUAAGGUCCAAGGCUUUUAUGUUUCUCUUCUGAAACCGAAUAUAUGAUCUAUCUAACCAUCUAUAUUUAUUUAAAAUCUUCUCAAAGGAAUUAUGAUUCCUGCUGCCUCUUCUCUUUCUGAAAUGAAUAUGAUCUUUUCAUGGUCAUUACCUAGAUGGGAAGAUAAGUGGAAUCCUUUCAGUCCUAAAGGGAAGAUAAUUCAUUUUCCUACACAGAAAAAAAAAAAAAAUCUGAGCUUCAGAUGAUUCAGUCAGAAGGGCUAUUCCUAGCCUCACACCCCCUACCCCCAAUUGUUAAACACAUUACACGCUCUAAAAAUGUAAGACUAGAUUUUAUAUGGAACAUAUAUAUUGGGUCUUGAUUUGGCAUGAUAACUGUGGACAUUCUUCUCAAGACAAGUUGAAUUUUGUUAUAACCCUUGAGGGAAUUUAUAGAAUAGAAACCCUAACAGGAGCCCUGUUUUUAUUUUUUAGUCCAAACCUGAUGGUCUUUUAAAAGUCAGAAUACUUUUCUAAUAAUUACGGCAGAGGAAGCAGUGAUAAUUGAAGACUCAUGUCUUAACAACUGGAAGCUAAAUUAUUAUGUGGAAAUAUACAUGCUUUCAUUGAGUAAAUUGAUCAUACAUGUCUUAUUCUGCCUUUCCCAGCCCCCCUUGGAGAAUAGUGAACUGCUUAUUUAGAUUCCCUGCUUAACUGUCUUCAUUAGUGUACAAGACUCCAGCAUACACACACUAGUGUCUUCAGUUCACAUUUGCCAAAACUUUCAGAGUUCCAUAAUUUGAAAGUAAGAAUAUGUCAUUAAAACACUAGCUUUUUAUGCAUUUCCCUUCAACAGAGUCUCAUUGAUACCUUUCUGGUCUUUGUCUUGUUUGAGUUUGUUUUUUCCCUUCUUUUGAGAGAGAGUCCUGGAGUGAAUUAUAAAUUGUUACUUUCUUUUCUCAUUUCCUCUCAUUCAGUGGCAAAAAUCAUUUUACAACUCAAAAUUAAGUUUUUGGUUAAUCUUCGAGCUUAUGACUUGGUGUGAGCCCUCUUUUUUACAUCAUUUUCAGUACUUGAUAGAAAUUUAAAUGUUCAUUUUUUUCUAAAGAAAUCUAAAUUUUCCAAGAGUAUAGAUUAAUAUAAGAUGUUGGUAUUUAAGGGACUUGGGAGAGUAGGUGGUGAGGCUGUCUAUUUUUACGAUAAGAGGAGAUUAAUUACCUUUCAGGAAAUUAAUGAACAAUCUUCACCAGUGUUCUGCCUUCUUUGAGUUUCUAUUAUUGGAAGGUGAGCUUCCCUUAGAUUUGAAGUCGUUUUAAAAAUAUUUCAAGUGUAACUGAGAUACUUCUAAAAGAUACCUUAGUAAUUUUGCAUCAGAAUUCUUUGAAUUUAUGUUCACUAGCUAUUAAACUAUAAACUGCUACCCAGAUUAAUUACUUUUGUGUUUAUCUUCCUUAUUCUUUCAUUAAUAUAGACAAUCCCUUCCGUUUUUUUUUUUUUUUUAAGUCCUCAGUAUUCAUUCUUGUUCUCUUUUGUAGUGUAAUAUAAUCAUACAGAAUUACUUUGCCUGGACACAGACCCAGUGCAUUUUUUUCCCUUUGAUGUGAAAAAUUGUUCGGGUGAAGUAUAAAACAUCAGUUUUUAUUCUAGAGGCUUUUCCUUUAAUUCUAAAAUGAGUGGAAAGAAUAAUGUCAAUCAAGGCUAAAAUGAUACUUGGGACCUGUCAAGGAACUUUGAACUUUCUGUUUUAGUCUUCUGACCAUGCAUUUGUGCAGCAUAAGUUUUAAUAAUACAUUGGAAAUCUGCAGGGUUUUUGGUUUUUUUUUAAUUAAGUUUUUUAAAACCAACCUCUCUUUAUUUUUCUUUUUUAAAAAUCUGGUUGAUAUAUACCUAGGCCUUCUCAUUUUUGACUUGCAAAAUGUUGAGGUAAGAAUUGUGACUGGAAAGGAAUUAAUUAUACAAAUAGAUCUGGUAGGUAUGUGAGUAGAGUGUUAAUUUUGCUUGAAACAGAAGUAUAUUUUCUGCUUUGAAUCUCCUCACCAGAGUCCUCUGUCAAGAACUAUGUAUGAUAAGAAUUUCUCUUUAUUGCCUAUCAGCCCACAUAUUCUUUCUGAAGUAGAGUAAAUAAGUUCUAUUUGUGAGCUGAACUUUAUCAUCUGCCAUUUUAUGGAAGCAACACAGCAUUCUUUGGGGGAAGCAGAACUGAUUGUCCUCGCAAGGUUACGUGACGACUCUGCUCUAAGACUUACACCUGUUGUAUAGGGUUAUACCUUUUUUCUUACGCCUCAGCUCUGCACCUGACAAUUUAUGGUUCUGUGGAGCCAAGCUAGAAGGAACAAAGGUCAUGUGAGAGUGGCGAGGAUGGAUUCCUGGGUGUUACUUGUGCAGGUGAAGGGGCAUCCUGGAAUUCUAACCAGAGUAGUUGUCGGAAGUGAGAUGGCUGCUCCAGAUGACUCCUGGGUUUAGUGUAACUGUGGUUGAACAAGAUUUUUUUUAUGUAUGAAGCUUGAUUCCACAACCAAAAUAACAGAAACGUGGGGAAAAUCCUGUCUGCUUAUGCUUUUUAAAGCUUAUGGUUUAAGUGAAAAUAAAUUGUAAAAACUGAUAACCUUAACCCUAUACAAUGAGCUCUGCAUGAGGAAAUGGAAGGAAGAAUACUACAAGUGAUUCAGGAAGGUAUAUGUGAGGAAGGAAGAUGGGUUUCCCUUUUCUGAUCAUGGGCUCUGAAAGUAUUCAUUGCCUUUACCAGCAUUCAGUAUAAACCAGAGAUAAGAAUAUAUGUACUCGCGUGGGUCUGUGAGUGUGUGUGCGUCUGAGUGUUUGUUAUUCUAAAUAGCUUGUAAAUAUUGUAGUUGUUUAAAAUGGAAAAUAAAAGCUGAGAUUGUUUUUUUCUUUGCAAAUAUAUUGCAUCAAAAAUACAGUAUUGACAGUGGAUAAAACACUGAGGAAAUAAAUUUUUUUUCAUUUUGC